AUGUAAUCUAAAAGAGGAGAAUUUUUAUAAGAGCUCAUUUUCGAAAUCGAAUAAUAUUCACUUGACUAUGAACACAAUGAGUCCUAAAUUCAACUGAAAUUAAGUCAGUUAUGUAUCGAACCAUUGCUUCAACAUCUAUUACCGAAAAAAAAAUCAAUUCGUAAAAGGAUGACCAAAAAAUUGGCAAUAAAAAACAAAGAGUCCAAAGAUUUUCAAUAAAUCCAAGAAGGCCUUAAAACAUUAUGUCUAAAUGACUGUUCCUAAUCAUUCCAUUAAAAAGCAAGUUUUAAUAAUUUCUUAAAAAAUUAUUGA